CAUGAUCAUAAACCAACCACAUAAGUUUGCAUUUGUUUCAUAGACGGGCUCUCUUAACCACGUAUAUAUGCAUAAUGUGAAGAUUGGUAGACCAAACACUAAGAUGCUAUUAAUUUGUUUCAUUAUUUUUUUGGAUAAAGGUUCAGGUGACUGCAUUCAACAGACUGCUAAACUAGGACAGCAAAAUAUUUAUUUAAAUACGAGCUUCUCAUGGGAUGUCCAGGAACCCAAAUUUAUACAAUGUAACAAAAACCAGACCGUCAUAGGACAGUGCUCGGCGGUAACUACGUCUUCCUGUUCAGUAGACCCACAAAACGUAGGCGUUUACGAAAUGAAUUCUACUGAUGACCUGAUUUCCGUCAUAAUCACUAUAAAAGAGUUCACUGAAACGCUGUCAGGCAUUUACAGCUGCUCCAAGACAAAUGAGAAAAAUAAAACAACUAUCUGCUUAACAACAGAAACAACAUCAGCGGCUUCGUCAGGUCUAUCGGUCGGGACAGUUGUCGGCAUCUCGGUUGGUGUGAUUUUUGAAGUUGCAUUUGCAGUUACGAUUGGCAUCCUGUGUUAUUGUCGGAAAAAAAAACUGAUCCCUUUGUAUCCUGCUCGGGCAUACACGUCAAGGUAGAAAAACGAGUGUUCAGAGUCCUCGACAACGCGACAGUGACAUACACAAACUCUGGGACAAAUCAGCCCGACAAAUACGGCGUUGAAGACUGUAUUGCAGUCUCCAAUUGGUUUGCUGGGAAGUGGGCGGAUGUUCCGUGCAGCGUACACUAUUUCACAGUGUGCGAAGUGGAAUUUAACUCGCUUUGUGUGUGUGUAUGUGUGUGUGUGUGUGUGUGUGUGUGUGUGUGUGUGUGUGUGUGUGUGUGUGUUAACAUCACGUUUUGUGCUAUAUUCGAUAACCUCUUUUAUCUGUUCUUAUUUGUUUGUCUGAACAUGACCAAAUUUGAUGUCUUGAAAGUGACCAUUUGAACUUAUUCAAAAAUGACCUUGUGUCGUGGAUCUUUAAUAUACACCUUGUUCGCCUUGCCACUUAAAAAUACUUUACACAUACAUAUAAUCCAUGUAUAUUUUACAUCUAAAACAAAAUUGCGACCCCUUCAUGCGGGUGUUUUGUGUGUGUUUUAUUUUUUCUUGGAUUGUAACAAAAUAAUUAUGAUUGGUUAAGAGAUACAAUAUGGUAUGAUGCUGAAAUAUAUAAACACAUGUUGAGAUCAAUAUAAACUUAUAAAAAACGA